CCUCAUUUCAUACACCCUUUCACUCUAUACCAAAAAGAUGCAUAAAACCAUUAUUCCUCCCUAUUUCCCAAAACCAACAACAAUGCAUAAUAAUAACCAUGAAGAAGAAGAUCAACAACAACUAUUAAACUACUACGAUGAUCAACAACUAGACAAUCUCUCCCUCCGUGAUCUCCCCGUCGCAGUCGUCGAUCCACCACCUCCGCAACAAAACGCCACCACCGCCUCGGUCGUUGCUGCCGAGAAUCAUAGCCGGCGAUCCUCUGCUUCCUCGUCUUCCGACCCAACGUCGGAUUUCUUCUUUGAGUUUCUAAUCAAUAAUGACGAUGACCUCGUUACCUCCACCGCCGAUGACGUCAUCUUUUGCGGUCGUCUUCUUCCUUACGCUCCUCCUCCUACUCGUCGUUCGCUUUCUCUUUCCUCCGCUGCAGCUCGCUUGACUCGUCCUCAGCUUACCGAAUCGCCUUCCGAGACACUUCCUAGUAGUAUUCGACCUAGCCGGUCUCUUAAUUACCGGAAGUUACGUCGGAAUCGCUCGAAUGCGAAACCGAAAACUGAAGUAUUCAAUAGAAGUUUGUGGAGUAAUAAAAAUAAUAAUAGCCGGAAUAAUAAUUCGGAUAAAUCUCCGGUGAAGUUGCCGUGGUAUUCAGCGUUGGUGUUCGGUUUGCCCAAAGUUCCGGCAGAAAUGGAGCUGAGAGACAUUAAAAACCGGCAGUUUCGCCGGAAUUCCAUACCGUCGGUUUCGUCUACGUCGUCGAGGUUAAUUUCCGGUGACCGGAACUGUUCUUCAGCUUCCUGGAAGCUUCUCAAUGUUUUAAGCUGUAAAAGCCAUGUCACUGUUGACGUGUCCAACACGGCACCUUUUCGUAAUUCCUUGUUUUGAAAUUUAUAAACCGAACACUGAUAUCAAAUUUCGUCUACAUCACUGCUAUAUGGGCCGCAGAUUUUGGAGGAAUACAAAAGAGAAAGAUCAAGUUAAAACGAAGAGGAGGCCGGCAUGAGGAGAAAAGAAUGAUGCAAGUAUUUGAGAGUCAGAAGCGUGAGGGAGAAGAUAGUUGUAUAGUAGUGUUGGAUGGUUAGUGGAGUUUGUGGAAGAUCAUGCUAAAAUAUAAUUAAGGCAAUUAUUAUGUGCCCCUUCUAUAUUUUUCAUCACUUGUUUAAAAGGAGCUUUUAAUUUCUUUUUUCUUCCUUUUUUAAAUAUUUUUUAUGAUGUUUUAUUUGAUUAGGAGUUUUCACUUACAAGUUAAUUAAUUCAUUAUUACUAAUUAUCAUAUGCCUAGUAGAAAGUUAAGAUGUAAGAAUAUCAUGAGUAAUAAUAUUGUGGUUAGUUUAUUUUUGCCGAAAUACUCCGUAUACAGUAAGUACUUCUA